AUGAAUUCGAGAAGAUCCAACUCGAUCUACCAUAAUUCCGAAACGUCAUUUGAAAAUGAAACGUCGGCUUUAGCUAUAAUUAAAUCCAAUGGUGAUGACUCAGGAGAAGCAGUUGAUAUGACGAGAUUAGACAGAAAACAGGUUGGGAACUAUCCAACUUUGAAACAACGACUAGAGUGUUUGAGUGAAAUAAGCACCUACCUAAAAUGUAUGAAAUUGGGCGAUAACGCAAGGAACUGUAGAAUGAAAAUGAUACUGUGCAAAGGCUCCCACAAAUCAACGUUGGCUAACAGAUAA